GAGCUGUGCCAGACUGGCCCCGCCGGGGCAGCCCAACGAUGCUCGCUGUGGCCUUAUUCAUCGCGGCUGGACCGCCCAACGCGUGGGCGCUGCUGGUCCCAGCCCGCAGGGUGACGAGGGGCAGCAAUCGGAUCCUGAGCGAGGCCACCCUUGCGCAGCUCAAGCUUGUCGCCUCCGACGCCGCGGAGGGCGCCCGCUUCGGCUACUCCGUGGCCAUCGACGGGGACACGCUCGUGGUUGGUGCCUACGCCAUGGAUAGUGACACUGGCUCGGUCUACGUCUUCCGCACGAGCGACGGCGGCGCCACUUACGGCCAGGUGGCCAAACUGACGGCCUCCGACGCGGCGGGCGACAAGUUCGGCUACUCCGUGGCGGUCGUCGACGGCGCCACCAUCGUGGUCGGGGCCCCUAACGGCGAAGCCGCUUACGUCUUCCGCACGACAGACGGCGGCGCCACGUACGACGAGAUUGCCAAGCUAACGCCCUCCGACGGCGCGGCGGGCUUCUUCGGCGGCUCCGUGGCGCUCGCCGGCGGUACCGUCGUGGUGGGGGCCUAUGCAGACGACGACGGCAGCUUUUUAUCGGCUAAGACUAAAUCGGGCUCGGCCUACGUGUUCCGCACGAGCGACGGCGGCGCCACGUACGGCGAGGUAGCCAAGCUCACUGCAAGCGACGCCGCGAAGGACGACUACUUCGGCUACUCUGUGGCCAUCGACGGCGCCACCAUCGUGGUCGGUGCCUACUACUACGGCUCUAACAACUGGAAGGGCUCAACCUACGUCUUCCAGACGAGCGACGGCGGCGCCACGUACGGUCAGGUGGCCAAGCUAACUGCCAGUGACGCAGUGGCGGGCGACUACUUCGGCUGGUCCGUGGCGGUCGACGGCGCCACCAUCGUGGUCGGGGCCCCUAACGGCGAAGCCGCCUACGUCUUCCGCACGACCGACGGCGGCGCCACGUACGACCAGCUGGCCAAAUUGACGGCCUCCGACGCCGCGGAGGGCGACCGCUUCGGCUGCUCUGUGGCCAUCGACGGCAACACCGUCGUGGUCGGUUCCCCUCAUGACGACGACGCCGGCGCCUGGUCGGGCUCGGCCUACGUGUUCCGCACGACCAACGACGGCGCCACGUACGGGCAGAUGGCCAAAUUGACGGCCUCCGACGGCAAUAUCGGCGACUACUUCGGCUGGUCCGUGGCGAUCAGCAACGGCACCGUCGUGGCCGGAGCUUAUGACUACUACGGCUCGGGCUCGGCCUACGUCUCCUCACCUCAGCCAACGCCCACGGCCCAGCCAACGGUGUCGCCCCAGCCAACGUCCAACGCGCUCGGGUCGGACGCGGCGACGCGGACGGGUCCGCUCCUCGCCCUGCUCGUCGCCGCGGUCCUCGCUCUCUAGCCGCGCCCGUCCACGCGCCGCGCGCAAUUCCCCUCGGGCCUCUCGUACCCCGAGUCGCCCUCCCCCAUUGUUUUCCCGUCGUGUACAUUCCCUAGUGUCUUAACAUGCCGC